AUGUCAUUCAACAACAGCUACGGCGACCAAUUCCAGGGCCAGCCCCAGGGCGAUAUGAACAACCAGACCCCGCAGCCCGGCGACAUGGGUCAGCCCAUGGACGCCUCCGGCAACGGCUUCCCUCCCCAGGGCAACAUGGGCCCGCCAGGCAGCGCUGGUGGCGACGGCCAAGGCCAAGGUGCUGGCAAGACGACUCUCUGGAUGGGUGAACUCGAGCCCUGGAUCGACGAGAACUUUGUGCGCAGCAUCUGGUACAACAUGGGCGAGACCGUCAACGUCAAGAUGAUCCGUGACAAGUUCUCCGGCAGCAAUGCUGGAUAUUGCUUCGUCGACUUCGCGAGCCCUGAUGCCGCGUCCAAGGCUCUUUCCCUCAACGGCCAACUCAUCCCCAACUCCAACCGCCCUUUCAAGCUGAACUGGGCCUCUGGUGGUGGUCUUGCUGACAGGAGCCGCGAUGAGCGUGGUCCCGAGUUCAGCAUAUUCGUCGGAGACUUGGGCCCCGAGGUCACCGAGUUCGUCCUCGUCCAGCUCUUCCAGAACAAGUACCAGUCCACCAAGUCUGCUAAGAUCAUGUCCGACCCCAUCAGUGGUAUGUCGCGCGGCUACGGUUUCGUCCGGUUCGCUAGCGAGGAGGACCAGCAAAAGGCCCUCACCGAGAUGCAGGGCGUUUACUGCGGCAACCGUCCCAUGCGCAUCUCUACCGCCACACCCAAGAACAAGAGCGGCGGUCCCGGAGGUCCUGGCGGCAUGGGCAUGCCACAAGGCGGCGGCGGCCCCGGAAUGGGCAUGUACUCCAUGGGUGCUCCCCCAAUGGGCGGCUACUACGGUGCCCCCCAGCCGAUGAACCAGUUCACCGACCCCAACAACACCACUGUCUUCGUCGGCGGCCUUUCCGGCUACGUUACCGAAGACGAGCUCCGCUCCUUCUUCCAGGGCUUCGGCGAGAUUACUUACGUCAAGAUUCCUCCAGGCAAGGGAUGUGGCUUUGUCCAGUUCGUUCAGCGCCAUGCUGCUGAGAUGGCCAUCAACCAGAUGCAGGGCUACCCGAUUGGCAACUCUCGCGUUCGUCUCAGCUGGGGUCGCUCACAGAACAACUCCGGCCCAGCUGGCACCCCUUACCGCCCUGCGCCACCUCCACCAGUUCCCUUUGGCCCAGGCAUGGGUAUGCCUCCGCAACACCCCUACGGUGGUGGCGGCGGUUACGGUCCGAUGAUGAAGUAA